CACCGGCGGCUGUGCGGCGAGGCGGGACGCGCCGAGCGGUUCACCUGCGCUGACUGCGGCCGCCGCGUUGUCGGCCGACUCAAUUACCGCCGCCACGUGAUGGCGCACGAGCGCAGUCACCCGCACGUGUGCGGCACGUGCGCCAAGGGCUUCGCGAAGCCGAGCGAUUUGAAGCGCCACGAGAGCACGCACGAGAAGGUGAAGUCGCACGUGUGCGAGGCGUGUGGGAAGCAGUUCUCGACGGCGUCGAACUACAACCAGCACGUGGCACGCGUGCAUCGCGAAGAGAAGGGAUUCGCGUGCUCCGUGUGCCCGAAGACGUUUUCCUACGGCAGCUCGCUGAAGAUUCACAUGAAACGCCACGAGGGCGAGAAGGCCUUCAAGUGUUCGCAAUGCGCGAAGGAGUUCUUAUACAAAAAUAAUCUAGUCAGACAUUUAAAACUGCACGCUGGGGAAGAGGCCAACAAGUGCAAACACUGUGAUGCCACGUUUAAGAAGAAAUCAGCCCUCAAAGAACACUUACUUACGUGUUUUUAAAACAUUUUUAUGGAAUGAUGUGAUCGAUUCGUUUGAUGCAGUCAUUGUUGAUAUUCACGUGAUGGACUGUGUCGUUAUAGUGGCGUUUGUGUGCCUGUACCUAUGCACAUGCGUACCUUUAUUCCUCUAAUGCUAUGUGGAGAUAUGAAGUUGGUGUUCUGUAACUGCGCAGCUGGGGGACGUGCUGCUGUUGUGUAGCAGGCCGGGCUGAGAAUAGCCUGAUGAGCGCGGCAGUUGCCAUCAGGGAGUGCCUGGUAGUCCACAAGUGACGGCUCUUCUGAGGUCAGAGGUCUGAGGCCUGAGGUCAGGUCACCAGCAUGGUGACCGCAGUCACUGAUCCGCAGUAUGCGCGUUAUCCGUCACAUUUGCCACGAUUAUAUGGGA